AUGAUCUUCGGUGGUUUCCUCCUAAAACAAUCCUUCGAGCUAGCCUUCUGCUGCGCUGCCUCCUUCGCGCGUGCCCGGCCUAACUUCCUCGCCCUCGACCCCUUAACUUUCGAAAACCCCGUUCCGGUCGGCAGCGUACUUUACCUCCGCGCCACGAUAGCGUACACCGAGCCCGAGGAGCGCGAAGAUAGGGGCAAAUUUACCCGUGUGCAGGUGCGCGCUGACUCGAAGGUUCGGGACGUGGAGCACGGCACGAAGAAGUCGACCGGUAUGUUUAAUUAUACUUUCUUGGUUGAGGGAGAUAUCAAGGUCAUGCCAAAGAGUUAUGGGGAGUUUAUGCUUUGGACUGAUGCGAGGAGGAGGGCGAGAAAUGCGGCUGCUAUUGAUCCUGCGCAUAAGAGUAGUGCGUUGCGGAGUAUCCAGGACAGUGUUACUGAGUAA